UAGUUUCUAUUCAUCUGCAUCAAGUGAAAGAUGGACUUCUCGUUGUACAGUGUCGUGGUAAUGAGACUCUUGAUAAUUUCAUGUGGUGCAUCUGUUGCCUCGACUCUGAAUAUUUUGGGGAUAUCAACGCUUCCUUCGAAUUCUCAUCACAUUUGGUUUUCCGAACUUAUGAGAGGCUUGGCCCGAAAUGGGCACAAUAUUUACGCGCUUGGACUCCACGAGACGAAGUUUGACGGAGAUGAAGGAACGGAGAAUCGAACUCAAUCUUUCGUGUUCGAGCACGUUAUGGAGGAUUAUUACAAAGGCCAAGACUUUUCCCCAUUAGAGUGGUUACGAACGAGUGUGACGAAGAUGGCAUGGCUGACCCACAAAAUAGGUAACAAUAUCUGUGAACAACAAAUGGCGACCGACGGAGCGAAAAGGGCUUUAGAAAUGGUCAAACACACGAGGAUCGACGUCAUAGUUCAGGACUUGACGUAUGGCCAAUGUUUUUACGGAUUAUGGGAGGUUGCUCAAGGGAAUCCAGUUGUAGUUGGAUUCACACCAUUCGGUUCACCUAACUGGGUAAACAAAGUUGUUGGGGGUAAUAAUUGGCCAGCAAUCAGGACUCAUCCUUAUUUCGGGAAAACUCAGCCCUUCAGUAUUUGGGAGAAGACGUUGAAUUUAUUUUACUACGAGGUCGACGAGCUCUUGCGUCACUUCUACUACAUGCCGAGGCAGCAGGAACUCGCUGAUGAAUUCAUUGGGAAAAAGAUGAGCAGAUCGGUCAGCGAAAUCGAGAAAAACGUCAGCAUCAUGCUGACGAACAGCUACGCAGCCUUGGAUCCGGCAGCAUUUUCACCUCCGAAUGUGAUCGAAGUCGGCGGAUUGCACAUCAAGGAUUCGAAACCACUGCCUCAGGACAUUCUGAAAUUUCUCGACGACGCGGAAGACGGCGCAAUCGUAAUAUCGUUCGGAUCUAACAUUCAAAGCAGCACCUUGGGAUCGGACAAACUAAAAAUAAUCCUAGCCGCUCUAGGUCAGCUGAAGCAGCGUGUUUUGUGGAAAUUUGAGGCCACUGACUUGCCGGGCAGGCCGAAAAACGUCAUGAUAAGAAAGUGGCUUCCGCAGAACGACGUUUUGUCUCAUCCAAAAGUCCGAGUCCUCUGGUCCCACUCCGGACUUCUCAGCACCCAAGAGGCCGUCUGGUGGGGAGUGCCGUUGGUUGCAAUGCCAUUUUAUAUGGAUCAGCACAUGAACAUUGAUUUACUUGUUAAAAAAGGAGUUGCAUUGUACCUCGACUACGAGUCUCUUACCACUGAAAUGAUUUUGGAAAGACUAAACAGAGCCAUUCAUGAUCCCAGUAUUUCCCGCCGAAUGAAGGAGCUUUCUCGAGAGUACAGAGAUAGGCCGAUGUCCCCCUUGGACUUAGCUGUUUGGCACGUUGAACACGCCUUCCGUAAUCCUCGAGGACCGUUGAGUUCCCCUGGGAAAAAUAUGAGCCGCAUCGAACUCAACCUCUUGGAUGUUUACGCGUUUCUCACGAUCACCAUUCUUGCGAUUCUCUGGAUUUCUAGAAUUUUAGUUAGAGCAUCGUUCCAUUUAUUCCACCUUCGACGAAGCCAAAAACUACAUAUCAACUAGACUAGACAAUAAAAAAAUAAUUAAGUUAUAAUUUUUAAUCGUUUUACACUGUCACAUAACACCAUCAGUUUCAGUUAUAAUUCACUCAA